GCAAAAAGACAAACACUUAGUCAGUUUUGGGAACUUUAUCGGGAACAAAGGCGUCCUCAGGACAAGAGUAAAGCUAGAGACUAAUGUGAAAGUCGCUGGUUUAACUUUGUGUUAAAUUGUAGUCGAGUACAGCCGAACGUUAGCUUAACGUUAAGUCAGGUAGUUUUUAACGUUAGCUACGGUUGCAAAGGUAAGAUGCCGUCCCGUGUUGAGGAUUACGAGGUGUUGUUAACUAUAGGCUCCGGUUCCUAUGGAAGAUGCCAGAAAAUAAGACGAAAAUCUGAUGGCAAAAUCCUGGUGUGGAAAGAGCUGGACUAUGGCACCAUGGCAGAGAGUGAAAAGCAGAUGCUGGUGUCAGAGGUGAACCUCCUGAGGGAGCUCAAGCACCCGAACAUAGUGAGGUACUACGACCGCAUCAUAGACCGCACUAAUGCCACGCUCUACAUUGUCAUGGAGUACUGCGAGGGUGGGGACCUGUCCAGCCUCAUCACCCGAUGCAUCAAAGAAAGGCGUUAUUUGGAGGAGCUGUUCGUCCUGCGAGUCAUGGCACAGCUCAUGUUAGCCCUGAAGGAGUGUCACAGACGCAGUGACGGCAGGGCCACGGUUCUUCAUCGAGACCUGAAACCAGCCAACAUUUUCCUCGACAGCAGACAGAACGUGAAGCUCGGAGACUUUGGCCUCGCGAGGAUCCUCAACCACGACACCAGUUUUGCAAAGACAUUUGUCGGGACACCUUAUUACAUGUCUCCAGAACAGAUGGACCGAAUGUCAUACAAUGAGAAAUCAGAUAUUUGGUCACUGGGGUGUUUGCUGUAUGAACUCUGUGCAUUAUCCCCUCCGUUUACUGCUUACAACCAAAAAGAGCUGGCAGAGAAGAUCAGAGAGGGGAAGUUCAGAAGAAUCCCGUACCGAUACUCUGAGGAACUGAACACCUUACUCUGCAAAAUGCUCAACCUGAAGGACUAUCUGAGACCCUCUGUGGAGUCCAUUCUCCAGAGCAGCCUGUUGGUCGACGCCGUUGCUGAGGAGCAGAGGAGGGCACAGGUGCGACCCCGAAGGAAGUCAGCGGAAUCUGACUGUCCUGUUCACAAGCCAUCUGAACCGACACCCGCCUCUGCCGCAGAGCUCCGGCUCAGAGAGCAGGCGCUGCGGGACAGGGAAAAGGCGCUGAAGGAACGUGAGGAGAGACUGGAGCAAAGGGAGCAGGAGCUUUGUGUCCGUGAACGACUGUCAAAUGAGAAGCUCGCAAGAGCAGAGAGUUUACUGAAGAACUACAACCGUCAGCAGCGGGACCUGGCUCUGCUCUACGGCAAAGACAUAGACGGAGAGAACCUCUCACCUGGCAGGAAGAAGGUCCACUUUGCUGGUGAGAGCAAAGAGAACCAGCGGCCUGCCGGUCGUCAGAGUGCGAUGUCACAGGAGCUGAUUUUGAGGAGGCUGCAUGCGGCCAAUCUGCGCGCUCAAACGCUGAAUGAGGUGGAGAAGACCUGUCAGUUCAAGAGCAGGCAGAUACUCGGCAUCCGCUGAUCAAACAGAUGUUUUCCCUGUGACUGAUAUGUGAAAGCCUCCAAAAGCUAGGAGUCAAUAUAACUGGUUUAGUUUUAUUUAUUUGAUAAUUCAGUAGCUGUGAAAGUAGUGAAGCCAAAUGAUUCAAUCCUGUGUAUUGUUGUUUAUGUGUGUGUUAUUGGAAGCUCUCUGGUUUCAAUUUUAUUUAGUUUGACAGUUGGGU